CGCCGAACGGCAGUGCUGCAAAAGUCCGGACAAAGCUCGCGCCGCCCACCGCACCCGAUCCGCCUCGCCCAGGCGUGCUGCCGUCCGCUCCCUUCUCCCGCGCCGUCGCCUCCGCCUACGCCCGGGCCGACCCGCUGGACCCAGCGUGCGCCGCUCCACUCGGACGCGCCGCCGCCCUCUCGGGUUGAGGCGGAGGUGCUUGGGGACCCGCCCCCAUGGCGAGCGCCGGCAACAGCGGCAGCGGGGACGACGAUGCAGGAGGGAAGCUCCUGGCGGAUCGCUACCAGAAGGGCGAGGUCCUCGGCGAGGGCACGUAUGGAGUCGUCUUCAAGGCCAUCGACACCAAGACUGGAAAUACAGUCGCGGUAAAGCGAAUCCGGAUAGGAAAGGACAAGAAGGAAGGUGUCAACUUCACUGCGUUGAGGGAAAUUAAACUACUUAAGGAGCUGAAAGAUCCUAAUAUUAUAGAGCUGAUUGAUUGUUUCCCUUACAAGGAAAAUUUGCACCUUGUGUUUGAGUUUAUGGAGACCGAUCUGGAAGCUCUCAUAAAAGAUAAGAACAUAAUACUCUCUCCAGCUGACACAAAAUCAUAUGUCCAGAUGAUGUUAAAAGGUCUAGCGUUCUGCCAUAAGAAAUGGGUGCUACACAGGGAUAUGAAACCAAAUAAUUUACUCAUUGGUGCCGAUGGGCAGCUCAAGCUUGCUGACUUCGGUCUGGCCCGUGUGUUCGGGAGUCCAGGAAGGAACUUCACUCACCAGGUCUUUGCACGUUGGUACCGGGCACCAGAAUUAUUAUUUGGCUCGAAGCAGUACGGAUCUGGGGUGGAUAUUUGGGCCGCUGGAUGUAUUUUUGCUGAACUGCUUACUCGCAGAGCCUUUCUCCAGGGUUCUAGUGACAUUGAUCAACUUGGGAAGAUUUUCGCAGCACUUGGGACCCCAAAAUCUUCUCAAUGGCCUGACAUGGUUUAUCUUCCUGAUUAUGUUGAAUACCAAUAUGUUGCUGCACCUCCACUACGUACGUUGUUUCCAAUGGCCAGCGAUGAUGCUUUGGAUCUUCUGUCAAAAAUGCUUACCUAUGAUCCAAAAGCAAGAAUCAGUGCUCAGCAGGCUCUAGAACACAGGUACUUUUCAUCGUUACCUGCACCAACAAGACCAUCGCAGCUUCCAAGGCCACGUCGGAAAGGAGAUCAAGGGAAUAACAAGAUUCCUGAUCUCAACCUGCAGGAUGGCCCUAUGGUGCUCUCCCCGCCAAGAAAGUUACGUAGGGUGACAGCGCAUGAAGGGAUGGAAGGUAUGCACAGGACAGAUAAAGUGGACGAACAUCCUUCUGGGAUGAGGCACACCGAUGACAUGCCCAGUCAGAGUUCUAGAAUUCCAAUGUCAGUUGAUGUUGGGGCUGUGUUUGGCACACGACCUGCACCUAGGCCAACAUUGAACAGUGCGGACAAGUCUCGUUUAAAACGGAAACUUGAUAUGGAUCCAGAGUUUGGAUACGCGGAGUAGAAGGAACACAUGUUUACAUGCACCAUUCUUUUCUUAUUGGGGAUGUUGAUUUUUAAAAUAAGAUUCUGACACAAUCAACUGAGAUGUUACCGUCAUCGCCUCACGAAGAGGAAAACUGAAGAGAGAUUAUUCUAAUUUAUCCCGAGUCACAUAGGGUAUUACAGCUAACCAAUUCCGUAAGGCAGGCUCUUGAAAACAGUAGACUCAAUGGGAUAUUCAUGAGUGGAGAGUGUUAUGGGGAAUUGGAGGAUGGAAAAGCUUGCUCCAUGCGUGUUUGUACGUGUUUUGCCAAGAUUGUGCUGAAGCAUCUGAUCUAUCUACUGAUUCUCUAUUUUCCGUACUGUCAAUUCCCGUUCUUGUAUGGACAGAGCUUUGAGCAUGUUUUCAGUCAGACACCUUAGGCAGUGAUUCUUAUUGUACAACUUAUAUCAUCUGACAUUUCUUUUGAGAUGAUUAAACAAUGCAUGGCGAAAAAGGGGGGAAAAGUGGUCUUGAUUU